UUCGCGGCGGAAGGGCGGCCCGGCGGUUCCGCUCGAGGAAGAUGGUGGCGCCAGCGGCGCUCCGCGUGGUGCGAUGCGGCGGCAGCGCUCCGCACGGCGCCCGGGCCGUCUUCUCCGCCGGCGCCAGGUUCCUGCUGUGCGCCUCCGGUGACUUCGUGAAGAUGUACAGCGUGGCUACCGAGGAGCUGGUGCGGCUGCUGCGAGGCCACAGCGACCUGGUGACGGACGUGCAGCUCGCCCCGCACAACCACUUGCAGCUCUAUUCUUCCUCCCUUGAUGGCACCAUUAAGCUGUGGGACUUCACGGAUGGGAUUCUUAUUAAAACGUUCACUGUAGGAUACAAGCUUCUCGCACUGUACGCACUUCCUACUUCUGAGGACUCCAUGUUUGUAAUAAUUCCAAAGAGUGGUGAACGAGGUACAUUCCAGCUGGUCUCAGUUAAGCUGACAAAAGCAGCAGGCCAAGAUAUGGAAGCCAAGGAACUGUCCGUGGUUUUGGAGCGUGUGGACGCAUCACCAAAGUGUACUGCAUUUGGAAGAGAGGGUGAAUACGUGGCAUCAGUGAAGGGUAUUAAUCUCCAAGUCUAUUUUUUUAAACGGAAACAAUUGAACAGGUUUUCUCUGAGUGCAACAAAAAGAAAAGGUGGAAACAAUGUCUUUACUUGUGUAGCCUGCCAUCCUCAGGAGGAUUGUAUUGCAACUGGCCACGCUGAUGGAAAGAUUCGUCUCUGGAGGAAUUUCGACCACAAAAAAGAGUACACAUACUCUACACUGCACUGGCAUCAUGAUAAAGUCACGGAUCUGGCUUUUUCUGUAGAAGGAACCAGCUUACUGAGUGGAGGAGUUGAAUCUGUUCUAGUUCAGUGGCACAGUGGAUCAGACUGCAAGAGGGAUUUCCUUCCUCGCUUGGGAUCUGCUAUUGAAUACGUCUCCAUUUCAUCUGAUGGCACUUUCUAUUGCACCUCGCAUGCAGACAACAGAAUUACAAUAGUAAACAGCAACCUGAGAUUUUCCAAAACUAUUCAAGGGCUAAUUAAAGCCAGGGAUGUCAAGACUGGUCUAGUAGUUGAUCCUAGAACCAAAGCUUUGGUACUGAAUGGAGAGCCUGGCCACUUGCAGUUCUAUUGUCUCCAAAGUGACAAACAGCUAUACAGUUUGGAUAUUGUUCAACAAGAAUACAUCCACCAAGCAGGUUUGAACCAAUCUGACUUGGUAAAAAUUGCAUUUAGUGCACAAGGCAAGUGGUUAGCAACAGUAGAAGAGAGAGAAGAAACUGAACUUGAGUUACAGUUGAAGCUGUGGUUCUUUGAUGAGGAAACACAAAGCUUUAAACUGAAUACUAGAAUAAGUAUGCCUCACGAGGAUCACAUAACGGCUAUGUGCUUCCGUGACAUGGAUGAACUGGAAGAUGAAUCUCUGAUGCUGGUAACAGCUGGCAGAGAUUGUGUGUUUAAAGUCUGGGUGAUAGUGGAAGACACUGAUCCAGAGGCACAGCAAAGUUUGAGUUGGAGCUGUGACUUCGUAGGCAGCUACCACAACUACCAGGCUACUAACUGCUGUUUCUCAGAGGAUGGCUCUUUGCUUGCUGUUAGCUUUGAAGAAACUGUCACUGUAUGGGAUUCUAGUACUUGGGAUCUUAAGUGUACAUUUUGCCAUCCACCUGGAAAAAUAAGGAACAUCUGCUUUGGGAGACUAACAUGUUCCAAGUACCUUAUUGGUGCCACUGAUCAUGGCUUUCUGUGUUGCUGGAACCUGCUCAGUUGUGCAUUGGAAUGGAGUGCCCACCUCAACGUCAUAGUUCUGCAACCUGAUCCCCUUUCAGAACAUAUUGCUGCUGUCUCAUGGCUCUUAAAAGAGUCCAGCUACUUUCUUGUAUUUGCAGUGUUUGUGUUUAAGCCAAAUGAGCCACGGCCAAUCUGUAUCCAGAGAAAGUUUUGUAAGGAAAAGAUCCAGUUUGCUGCCUUCGUUCCAAGAGAUGUACCUGAAACAAUUGGCUCAGAAAAAUACCUUUGGCUAAGAAGAUCCCAACUAUUUUUUCUGACUGAUAUGCAAGAGCUAUUGACAGUUAGCACAAAGUCUCCAGAAGAAAGACUUACACUGUCAAGCAAACAGCUGGCAGUAGAAGAAAGUCUUCCUGUGACCCCAUUUAGCUUGCUGUUGGGAAAGCACAGACAUCAACAAUCACAGGGGGAUAUAGGCCUUGGAAAAGUUGUUCGCCGUCACCAUGAGCAAGAUUCCCCUGCUGUCAAAGAGCUCCUGCACACUCCAGCACACGUUUUGCCAUCUGCUUCCUUCCUGUGUCCUAUAUUUAUUAAUUCAUUGCUCAUCUCCAAAGAGAAAAAAAGUGCUGAACAAGUUCCUGAUGAAGUAGAAAUGGAAAGUGAAGAAGCAGAGGAUGAUUCAGAUGAGGAAAACAAUGUUACUGAAAUGAAACAAGAAGAUACAAUGCCUAUAGAAUCAUUAGGAGAGACAACACACAAACUGUCUAAAUCUGAGGAAAAAGAACUACGAAAAAUAAGAAAGACGGACUAUAGUUGGCUAUCAGUUUUCUAAACUUACUUUUUUUUAAUAGUGUAAGUUGAAGCGUUGUGGAUUAAAUAUUCUUCCAAAAAUCUU